CUCAAAAUAUUCAUAAUGUUCAAGAUCCUUGCUCUCAUUGCCUGUCUGGCUAUCGUCGCUUCGGCCCAGUACCAUGGAGUGCCCGAGCACAAGGAUUACCACGAUCAUCCGAAGUACAAGUUCGAGUAUGGCGUGAAGGAUCCCCACACCGGUGACCACAAGACCCAGUGGGAAGUGCGUGAUGGCGAUGUCGUCAAGGGACAGUACACGCUGCACGAGGCCGACGGUACCGAGCGCGUGGUUGACUACAAGUCGGACGGUCACAAUGGUUUCGAGGCUGAUGUCAAGAAGGUCGGACAUGCCCACCACCCGAGCCAUCCGGUCCAUGCUCCAGUCCAUCAUGCCCCAACUCACGCCCCAGUGCAUGUGCCGGAGCAUCAUGUCCACCACGGAUACUCGGGCGCCAGCUACGUCAACGUCGAUAAGCACCGAAAGCCCCGAUUUGGAGUAGAGGGAAGGCGAGUCGUCACCCGGCAUAUAAAUAGGCAGGCGCGUGCUGCUGAAAGGUAUCAGUUUCACAUUAGCCUUCACAUCGUCAACAUUCAAAGCAGCAAAUUAGCAGCAAAAAUGUUCAAAAUCAUCGCUCUCGUUGCCUGUCUGGCUGUGGUUGCUUCCGCCCAGUACUACGGAGGAGAACACGGUCUCAGCGGAUACGCUCAUCAUCACGAGGAGCCCAAGGACUACUACGCGUACCCGAAGUACAAGUUCGAGUACGGUGUCAAGGAUCCCCACACCGGCGACCACAAGAGCCAGUGGGAAGUGCGUGAUGGCGAUGUCGUCAAGGGGCAGUACUCGCUGCACGAGGCUGACGGUACCGAGCGCGUCGUCGAGUACAAGUCGGACAAGCACAGCGGUUUUGAAGCCGUCGUGAAGAAGGUCGGCCAUGCCCAUCACCCGCAGGUGUACGGUGGACACCACUACUAGGAACCUUUGCUGCCGUGCUCCUUCGUUCUACGAAGGAGGUUUAGUCCAAAUGUCCUGUCCGCUGCAUCUGGCCUACGUUAGAGCUGGAGCAUUUUUUCCUAACCCCGAAUGUGAUAUCUAAACUGAGCUUAACUCAAACCUCAACAAGCCUAAAAAAACACCCAGAAAUAUAGUACUGAAACUAUUGAA